UCUUUUUCUCACUUGUCUGUCUCUACAUUUUCUUGUUCUCCACAACAAAAACAAAAUCUUCUCUUUUUCUCUAAACACAAAUUUAUUCAAAGAAUCUCAAAGAUUCAACGAGAUGUACAACAAAUGCAGCUCUCCCUCUUCCGCAAGAUCGAUAAGAAGUCACAGAAUGAGAUCUCCGAUCUGCUGUUUAGGAGCCAACGCGGUGGUCGAGCCCGAAGCCAUGAUCGGAUCAUCAAAGACUCCCAAAUCUCCUUACGAGUGGCUCAAAUCAACCGCGCAGGAGCUCGAGAUCAGAGAUCGCUGCCGCCGCGUCAAGACCCGCAUCAAGGUCACGUGCCGCAACAACAACUGCGUCCAUCCACAUCACCAUCAUCAUCACCAUCACCACCAGAGCGGCCCGAGCUAUCCUUCCGUGGAUUUCAGCUACGAUCCUUUGAGCUACGCGCUCAAUUUCGAGGACGACGUGCGAGCGUACGAGGAUGCUUCUUUCCCGAAUUUCACGGCGAGGUUGCCUGCGUCUCCGGUGGCGAAAAGAUCGGCGACGGUUGAUCUUAUCUCGUUCUAAGUUGUUCUAACCGUUGUUGAUCAGUCCCCUUUGCUUUUAUCAUGUGACGCGCGGCGGAAUAUAUAAAUGUUCCUCUGUUGUGUGCUUGGCGUACAUAUACGACGUCGUUAAUAUAAUUGUAAAUGCUCUUUCGCAUAUAGAUUGAUGAUGUGUGCAAAAAAUAAUAAAGAAACAUUUUCUAUAUC